AUGCUUUUCCUUUCCCUUUUCUUGUGGGUGACCGCGGUCCUGGCCUUGUUCAACCGCCCCACGCCCCCCUCCAAGGACAGUUUCUACGAUGUGCCCCAGAACGUCUCCGACUACAAGUACGGAGACAUUAUCGCCGUCAGACCCACGCCGGCCAAGGUCAGAUCGCUCAUUUUCCCCAUGAGCGUGAAGAACUCGUGGCAGUUUCUCGUGCGUUCCGAGGAUUCUCACGGAAACGCCAACGCCUUUGUCACUACCGUCUUGGAACCCUUCAACUCAGACCCCUCCAAGGUGCUCUCGUACCAGGCAUGGCAGGACUCCAACUCCAUCGACUGUGCACCCUCGUACGCUCUUUUGUACAACGCCAACGGCGACACCAUCACCACGCAGACGGAGAUCCCGUUCAUCCAGUACGGCCUUCUGAAGGGCUGGUUUGUGGCUGUUCCCGACUACCAGGGCCCCAAGUCUGCGUUCACGGCGGGCCACCAGUCUGGAAAAGCCGUUUUGGACAACAUCCGUGCGGUGCUUCGGUCCGAGGACGUGACGGGGAUUGAGAAAGACGCCCAGGUGGCGAUUUUUGGAUACUCUGGCGGUUCUUUGGCUUCAGGAUGGGCUACCCAGCUCCAGCCAGCGUAUGCUCCAGAACUCAAGGAGAACCUUAUUGGCGCUGCCAUUGGCGGCUGGGUCACCAACAUCACGCUGACGGCUUUGGCUGCAGAUGGCACUUUUGCAUCUGGGCUUAUUCCCAACGCCAUCAACGGUAUCAUCUCUGAGUACUCCGAGUUCGCCAAGCUCAUCGACAGUGAAAUUGCCACAUUGAAGAAACGCCGUUUCUACGCCGCCAAGGAGAACUGCCUUAUCAACUCGCUCGUGGCGUACAUUUUCCAGAAGUUCUUCCUGGGACUCUUCCCCUACUUCAAGAACAGAGUGGGCUUCUUUGACGUUCCGGUAAUCGCCGAGAUCGUCAGAAACAACACCCUCGCCUACGUCAAGCUGGACGGUGUUCCAGAAAUUCCUCUCUUUGUCUUCCACGGUGAGGUUGAUGAGAUAGUGCCUAUCAUCCAGCCGCAAAGAGCAUACGACAAUUUCUGCGAAUGGGGUGCUCCUUCGAUCGAGUGGACCAUUUCUGAAAACACCGGCCAUGCCAUUGAAACCUUCCUUGGCGUGGGCGCCGGUCUCAGCUGGAUCGAAAAGCGUUUCAACGGUGAAGCGCCCAUUUCUGGGUGUCUGAAGACCAUGAGAACCAGUAAUCUCGAGUACCCAGGCGCCGAUGUGAUUUACAGCCAGGUGAUCGCCACCUACGUCCAGGGCAUUUUUGGCGCUGACAUUGGCGAGGAUACCAUUGACAUCAACGACUCUACAUGGCUCAGCAAGAUCAUUCUGUAUGGAUUCAGCAGGUUCCUCGGUUUGAUUGGUCCAAUUCCGCUCAAGAGAGACGAGACCAUCAAGGACGUCAUCAGCAACCACACCGUGGACGAGUUGUACAAGGGCUUCCUGGACGUCAAGGCUUUGUUGCAGAAGCACAACAUCGACCCUAUCAAGGUUCUCGAGGGUGAAGCUGAUAUUUAG